UCUAAAUUUACAUACAUGGCGUCGCGCGGAAAGAUCGGACACCUUGUUUACAAACUUCACAAAGGAGGUGUACCGAAAUUGGAUAGCUGAGCCUAGCAGUAUCAAGUAGCUUGGCGCAGCGGACUUUAAAAUAAGCAGCCAUGUCGUCAGCCCAAGACGAAGUGGAGCGAGUGUUCAAGAAAGUUUUCGCUUUCCAGAAAUCGUCUGCAUGGCAGCUCCCCGCAGACCCGAAACGUUGGUGCUCCGAAGCAGACGUCGCCUGGAGUCUGCCAGACUUCAAGCGGCUCAAAACGGAGUUGAACGCCACGAAGAGCCUCUUGAACGACAUGGACCCUGCGGCGUGGCGCAAGCACACCACCUGGACCAACCGCGCAGGCAACGUGCUCAACAAAGUCCGGAAAACAGCCAAGCCGGCCCUUUUGACGCAGGCGUGGUGCAAGUUCUACGAACUGCUCCACGAGUUUCAGCUAGCAGACGCCGACCCACUGCGUUCGUUUCAUCUCUGCGAAGCACCCGGCGCGUUCGUCACCGCUCUACAACACUACUUACUCUCCGAAACCGGCUCAAAGGACACCUGGACGUGGUAUGCCAACAGCUUAAACCCCUACUACGAAGGCAACUGCUCAAAGUCGACGGUAGCAGACGACAGACUCAUGUUUGGCACGCUGGAGCGAUGGUACUUCGGGCAGGACCAAACCGGUGACGUCAUGUCGCCUGAAUUCAAGAUUGAGGAAUUUUUGGAGGGGAAGGAAAAAUUCCACCUGGUGACGGCAGAUGGCAGCGUCGAUUGCCAAGAUGAUCCAGCCGAGCAGGAGUCCACUGUAGCAGCUCUCCAUGGCGCAGAAAUUGCAGCCGCCUUCAAACUGCUUGCAGACGGUGGCCAUUUCGUACUCAAGAUGUUCACCUUCUUUGAAAGCUUUUCAGUAAGCCUUCUAUACCUCCUCAACUGUCUCUUUGAGAAGGUUGCGGUGAAGAAGCCAGCUUGUAGCAAACCUGGAAAUUCCGAGGUGUAUGUCGUUUGCAGAGGAUUCCAGAAGCAUUUGAUUACAGAAGUCAACCUGACUGUGCUGACCGGAGAAUCUUCAGCAACGAAGAAGGCAGCCUUCUGCUUCAAGGAUGUCGAGGACCUCCCCAAGGACUUUCUUGGGCAAGUUGAUAAGUGUGUACGGUUCUUCAAGGACCUUCAAGAGGAGGUCAUCAAUGAGAACAUUCGCUGGUUUCGUAUCGACAUGAAUCAGGAAGCCUGCUCAAGGCUGCAGCACAUCAAGGAAGCGGUUGCCUUCACCUACGUGAAAAAGUGCCGCUGCAGGCGUGUCGACGACCCCACAACAGCGUUGCUGUUCGAGGACCAAACGACGGUGAAGUCCGGUGGAUGGAAUGUGGCCAGUUUUGCGGAGCGCUCCGGUCGGAAAGACUGGUGGAAGGAUCGGAUCUCUGACCUCCGCAAGAUCUUAGCAGCAUCAUCCGCUCCACAGGACUACCUCAACGGAUCGUCACCUUUCUUCCGGACUGCCACACUGGAUCGGACCGAAGCUUCGAAGGCAUCCGCAGAUUGGAUCCAGACUGGUCGGAACUACGGCUCUUUUCCCGGAUUGUCCAAGUUCUGUUCCCGCCAUCUGCUUGACCUGGCUCUCAUGCUUGGGCUGCAGGAGCAGGCGGACUGGCCGAAAGAGUCUGAUAAGAUCGAACCAAAGAUGGGCAAGACAGACUCGGCGGACUCAGUGCCCGACAUGGAUACGACGGACAAGACAUCAGGUCUGCCGCAGCAGAAGCCGCCAGUCAUCUUCCUGGACUCCCGAGACAGCAAAAAAGCAGCAGAAUCCGUCCUUCGAGAACUUCUUCAGCUGGAGCCUGGUGCAUCACUUCGGCUGAGGUUUGCGGAGACGCUCGGCCGCUUCUCUGUGGGACUACUGUACCUGGUCAGCUCACUCUUCACUACAACGACCGUGACGGAACUGUCCGCAGACAGCGUCGCAAGAUGGCCAGUGUGGACUCUCGAUGGGUUGCUGGGGGAGAAGGCUGAUCCGGUGCUGAAACACCUCGAAAGCAUCGCCUCAAUGGAGUGCAAGGAGGACACGAUCGUGCUCGAGGUGGCUCCACUCCGUACGCUCUGCUGGAGCGGGUUGGGACGGUUUGCGCGGUCGGUGAACGAUGCCGUCGUCCACCGGUACGCUUCGGUCGUUCUGGAUGCGGCGGAGAAAGAGAGAAGUGCAAAAUUUGUCGAAGAGGCAUGAACACUGUCGCACCGUCUCGUCCAGAGGUUUUUUAAGUAAAGGGUCUUACUGAAAGCAAAA